CAGGGGGUUGAAAUCUUUUAACUUGGUCAUGGAGCAUGUGAGAUUGCUGAAGACAGUGCAAACAGAGCUGUGGUUUUGUCCGGCACAGUCUCUCUCUGUGUCUAGUAUAAUUCUCACGUGCUGUGAAUCAAAGAGCAAGAUCUCAGAUAAAGUGAAGAAGAUCAGAAAUACGGUGGUGACUUUCAGGGAAGAUUUUGAGGAAAACCUGAGGUCUCUGUUGGCAGAUCCUGACAAGCAGGUGGCCAUCCACCUGAAGCGAAACCUGCAGCUGCGAGAGAGGUGGUUGUUUCCCAGAAAGAGCCAGAAGACUGCAGAACCUACAGCUUUCUACAGGGAGGAGCAGGAAAAAUCUUUGAGCAAGACAAAACCAACACCUCCAAGAUCUAUGAGUGAACCUGGGAUUAGAGCUGUGGGUUCAGAGAAGUGGACCCUGGUGACGCCGGUGCCACCUUUGAAGUGCCGCUGUUACACCCAGAGGAUAUCUGCUCCGAUUCUGUCUACGGAAGAGAUACAGGCUGUAGAGAGAGAGAAGAAAGAUCUCCAGUACCAGAUGCUCACUUUGGACGCACGAGUAAUGCGGAAUCUGAAAUGGAAGAUGGAUGAUUACCUGCCUGGCUACAAGAAGCGAGUGGCCUCUGUAUCCAUAGCAGCUGCCCCAACGCCCGUGAGGAUGACAGCCCCAAGGACAGCCUCCCGCACUGAUGUGUUUGAAAGGCUAUCGACAUCCGGAAGAAGAUUUCGAAAUCUUGAAAUCUUCCAUGGAGCAGAAUUACCAUUCUCUGUCCAGCUCUAA